CAACUGCUGUUUUCUCCACCAGCACCUACAGCUCUGUUCUGUACAUCCAAAGCCAGAUCCUCGGGUCGACCUCCAAACCCUUCCUCUUCUGGCCUUCGCUCCCGCUAGUAAUGGCACCUGGGCCGGAAGCAGGAGAGACUCCUCUCCUCCCCUCUGCGGCCAUCUCUUCCAUCUCCAUUGUCCCCACCUUAAUGCAGAUGUUCACAAUUCCUUGUCCGACAACUGCAGUAGCUCCCUCCGUUCCUCAUCUCUACCCCCUCCUACUCACCCAUCCACCUCUGACAGAUUUACUUCCCUCAAACAAGUGUUAAUCACGAUGUUCCCCAGACUUCAAGGCUCUGAUAGAACCCAGUGGCCUCAGGUUGAAAUGCAAAUUUCUGCAGGUUUAUAAGCCGCCUACGACCUGUGUUCAUGUCUGCCAGCAUUGUGUCCUCUGUGAGCGCCCUCAUCCCAAACCUACUCUCCAAUGACACCAGAAGUGACGUGCGGGUCUGUUUCAGAAAUUCACAUCUUUCUCAUGCUGAUCCUUCUGCCAGGAGCGCCUUCUCCCCUGUCCCCUCCCACCUUCCUGAAACCUUCCUCCAGCCCUGCCAACCAUCUGGUAAAAAUCUACCCAACCUCCAAGAGCCAACCCAAGUACCACCCCCGCCAGGUGGUAUGCCCCCUCUUUUUCCUGUGUCUCCUCCCGCCAUCUUCCUGGAGCCAUGACACUCCAUGACACUCAGCAACAGCCAUGAGGCUCUGUCGCUCUCCUCUAUUUGUCCUUUGUUAUCAACCAGCCCAGCACCCUGCCUGGCACAUAGAAAGCUUUACAGAUACCCUGCAGGGAGGAAAUCAAAUACUUCAUACCUGGGAAAGUCCUCAGAAUGCCAUUUUGAAUGAGUGGAGGCCGGAGGGCUAGAAAGCCAUUUAACAUUUAUUAAGAAUUGAAAAGCUAAAGGGACCUUGACCUGCUCCUCAAAGUCUACAGAUGGCCAGAAAUAACCUCAGGCUGUGACUCCUAAGUAUUCGAGAUUUGCAAUGUAAAGAAUUUCGGGGAUAGUUUCUAAUGGAGACAAUGAGACAGGAGAGGGUAAAUUGAAAGAUGAGCUCAGAGUUUAGCUUUUCAGAGCUCUCCAAAAGAUACCCAUAAAAAUACGUAGUUGUGAUCAAAAAGAAACAUAGCUCAGACCCAUAGGUGGACAGCCGUCUGUGUUGUGUGUGUGUGUGUGUGUGUGUGUGUGUGUGUACAUAGAGUGGAGUGACUUUGUCAGGUUUCCUAAACUCUCCAAGUGUGAGGGUCCCCGUCUGUAAAAUGGGGUUGGUAAUGGCAUCCUGGCAAGGAUUAAAUGAAGCGAGGAAUAUAUAAGCAUUUUGGUCAUUACCUGGCACUUAGUAGUUUCAAGGAGAGGGAGGGAGAGAGAGAGAGAGGGACGGAGAGAGAGAGCUGGUGGAUAAGUUGGCCAAAUUGAGCUCUUGCUGCCACGAACCCCCAAGACCUAUCCUCUCUUGCGGUUUAGGUUCUAGCACAUUUCACAACCCUCUGGGCAAAUGACUGCCAACCUCCACAGGGGCUACCUCCCCUGCAGACGACCCACCCUCUCUGGGCUUAAGGCUAAAUGGCAUGAGCACUGUGUCCUCAAGGCUACUGACACAGGACAAACUAAGGACGGUUCCCAACAGAUGACAUGCACACUUUCCAAAAUUCACUCGCUCUUGCCUUUGUUUUUAGGUUAAAAAAAGAUCUUGGGUUUUCUCCCAGAAUCCCGGAAAUAUUAGCUGUGUAACUGGAACACUUGUUUUUCUAUUUUGCUUCUUCUAUUCCCCAGCCUCUGACCUGGGGGAGCUUCUCAGGGUCUCAGGAGAGAAUUUCCAGGGUGGUAGGGUUUGCUGGGUCUCUUCCGUAUAAAUCCAGCUGUCUGGUCAGUAUUACUGUUGUGGAUGCCCCCUCCCCCAUGCCUAUUAAAAGUAAACUUACAAACUUCAGGGUACAUUUGAUAUUUCUUAAUUUAUCAUUCAUAAGCGCAAAUGAUUUUUUUCCCUGCUCUAUUUAUAAAAAAAAAAAAACUCUUUACAGAGUCAUUUUAUAUACAUGCAAACCACAAUCUCUCAGUGAUUUGUUUUUUGAGGAUGCUCCCUGGAAACUAUACCUAUUCAAUUGCUUUAAUCUUUCAUUACAUAUAAUCAGUCAUAUACAUAAGACUAAGGAGCUGUAAAUCUCGUUCUCCUGCCUAUUUAAACAGCGUCUGGAAAUCUGAAAUAAUUACCUCCUUUCUUACUUUUAAAGUGUUUUUAAGAUAUAUUACAUUAAUAUUGUGGAGUAAGGUUGAAAGUCGGUCUGUGACAUUGCAAAUGCUCAAAUCCGAAGGCUCUGAAAAAUGGUGUCUCCUCCGUGUUAAGCAUUCAGUGCUGAGCACUUUCAAUAUACAAGGCUGUUCCAGCAAUGUCAAAAGCAGAACAUUACUGUAGAUGUUCAAAGAAAAGAAGCUUCAGAUGACUUUGCUUAAUGGGUUUACCUAUAACUGGACACACAGCAGCAAUGUAGUGACACAUAUUUGGAUGUGAUCGUAUGACAGAUAUUUUCAAUAAAAAUUGCUAUCAUCUGUUAUGUCAAGAAUGAGAGGUUUCAGGAUAAAUAAUCUGCAAGAUAAAUCAGGAUAAAUUAGUAAAGGAAAGGAGAGUAGAGCAAGCAAGGAGGAAAUAUUUCCAACCUGUCCCAUUGGAAGUAAAUUAUGAUCAUGUUUACCAGUUUGUUUCUUUCAGAGGAGGUAUUCAAAAUUGUUUAUCUUCAUUGCUUUAAAGAAAAGUCGUAUUUUUACCUCUUGCAUUUCACCUCUGCUGUAAUACCAAUUUGCAAGUGUUUUGGUAUGAAGUAAGGGUUUGGUCUUGAUUUCACCUUGAAUUCUGAUUCACGUCUACUUCCUCCAAAUGUAUUUCUAAUGUUCAUAAAUAAAUCACAUUGGCCUCACAUACCGAGGUUUAAAAAGGUGAUUCUGUGAGAGAGAAAGAUUCACUACUAGCUAUCAAUGGAAAACAUUGGUUGAAGUCACAUGAAAUUAUGUGCAUAUGUAACAGUUCAUUUUUUACUUGCUGGUUUACUGUUUCAAGCUACUUUUGUGCCCAAAUUGGACAAUAUGCUAUAAAAUUCCCCAGUGCUAAAAAGAGUGAGGGGCAAUCAGCGAACAACAACAACAAAAAAAAAGAGGGGGGGGGUGGAAAUUUAGUUUUAAUGCUUGUAAUUAUUGCAAUUAGAAUGAAAUGUAUCAACUCUCAGUGAAUUUAGUGUUUGCUGUCAGUACAUUUACCCAAUUGUUUUUAUUUUCCCACUUUCUGUUCUUUCAGAAUGUGUACACGGAAUGAAUCCACCUAGAGAUGUUCACGAUGCCAGCACGAGCCGCCGCUUCACGCCGCCUUCCACCGCGCUGAGCCCGGGCAAGAUGAGCGAGGCGCUGCCGCUGGGCGCCCCGGACGCCGGCGCCGCCCUGGCCGGCAAGCUGAGGAGCGGCGACCGCAGCAUGGUGGAGGUGCUGGCCGACCACCCCGGCGAGCUGGUGCGCACCGACAGCCCCAACUUCCUCUGCUCCGUGUUGCCCACGCACUGGCGCUGCAACAAGACCCUGCCCAUCGCUUUCAAGGUGGUGGCUCUGGGGGAUGUCCCAGAUGGUACUCUGGUCACUGUGAUGGCAGGCAAUGACGAAAACUACUCAGCCGAACUGAGAAAUGCCACCGCAGCCAUGAAAAACCAAGUUGCAAGAUUCAAUGACCUCAGGUUUGUCGGUCGGAGUGGACGAGGGAAAAGCUUCACUUUGACAAUCACGGUCUUCACGAACCCACCACAAGUUGCCACGUACCACAGAGCCAUCAAAAUCACAGUGGAUGGACCCCGGGAACCUCGAAGACAUCGUCAGAAACUAGAUGAUCAGACCAAGCCCGGGAGCUUGUCCUUUUCCGAGCGGCUCAGUGAGCUGGAGCAGCUGCGGCGAACAGCCAUGAGGGUCAGCCCACACCACCCAGCCCCCACACCCAACCCUCGGGCCUCCUUGAACCACUCCACUGCCUUUAACCCUCAGCCUCAGAGUCAGAUGCAGGACACAAGGCAGAUCCAGCCGUCCCCACCGUGGUCCUAUGACCAGUCCUACCAGUACCUGGGAUCAAUCGCCUCGCCUUCCGUACACCCAGCAACACCCAUCUCGCCUGGACGGGCCAGCGGCAUGACAACCCUCUCCGCAGAGAUUUCCAGUCGACUCUCAACGGCGCCCGACCUGACGGCCUUCGGCGACCCGCGCCAGUUCCCCGCGCUGCCCUCCAUCUCAGACCCUCGCAUGCACUACCCCGGCGCCUUCACCUACUCCCCGACGCCCGUCACGUCGGGCAUCGGCAUCGGCAUGUCGGCCAUGAGCUCGGCCACGCGCUACCACACGUACCUGCCGCCGCCCUACCCCGGCUCGUCGCAGGCGCAGGGCGGCCCCUUCCAGGCCAGCUCGCCCUCCUACCACCUGUACUACGGCGCCUCGGCCGGCUCCUACCAGUUCUCCAUGGUGGGCGGCGAGCGCUCGCCGCCGCGCAUCCUGCCGCCCUGCACCAACGCGUCCACGGGCUCGGCGCUGCUCAACCCCAGCCUCCCGAACCAGAGCGACGUGGUGGAGGCCGAGGGCAGCCACAGCAACUCGCCCACCAACAUGGCGCCCGCCGCGCGCCUCGAGGAGGCCGUGUGGCGGCCCUACUGAGGCCCCCGCGGCGGCCGGCGGGAGGGGCGCCCGGCCCCGGCCCGGCCUCGGCCCGGCCUCGGCCGCAGACGGCCGGCCCGCCUGGGCGGGGAGCGCGCCCCGCGCCCCG